UUACCUCGUUUAGUGGCAAAUUAGGUUGUCUCCUCUUGUUUCCUUCCAGUUAUAACUAACGAAGAACAUUUGCUUGCGUUACUGUCUUCUCAACAAAUUCGAAGACUGUAACUAUAGCAGCAUCAUCUCCUGAAACAUAUCGUCAAUCUCGCAAAGAUACUGCAGCAUGGACGGUGAAGCUCAACCGAUCGCUUUACUUAAUGGAAAAGAAGACAGAUAUGGCGGUGUUGAGGUGAACUUAAUGGAAGUUGAACCCAUGACUGCUGAAGAGUUUUAUGCAAAGCUUGACGUUUCACUGAAGGCAUGGAAGGAUCAGGGGAAAAAGGGAAUUUGGAUAAAGCUGCCUUGUGAGCUUUUAAGUCUUGUUGACAUUGCAAUUAAGAAAGGGUUUACAUACCACCAUGCCGAGAAGGAAUAUGCGGUUCUUACAUCUUGGAUCUCUGACUUGCCUAGCACUAUUCCUGCCAAUGCUUCUCAUCGUAUUGGGAUUGGUGCUCUUGUACUAAACAAGAACAGAGAGGUGCUUGUGGUUCAGGAGAUUGAUGGUGUUUUCAAAGGUACCGGACUGUGGAAGCUUCCUACCGGUGUUAUUCAAGAGGGUGAGGGUAUUUGGGCUGGAGCAGUUAGGGAAGUAAAAGAAGAAACUGGUAUUGAGACAAAAUUUGUAGAAGUCUUGGCUUUUGGGGAAAGUCACCAAUCAUUCUUGGAAAGAAAAACGGAUAUAUAUUUUCUAUGUGAGUUAGAACCAAGCACAUUUGAAAUUAAGAAACAAGACUCUGAGAUCCUGGAUGCUAAGUGGAUGCCGAUUGAGGAUUACGUAAAGCAACCUUUUAUCCAGAACAGAGAGAACUUCAGGUACAUGGCUAACAUUUGCUUGAAGAGGUCUCGGGAGGAGUACUUAGGUUUCUCCACUGUCCUUACUAAGAAUUUAACUGGUAAGGAGAGCUAUCUUUACUGCAACACGGCCGACUUCCUCAACGGAAAGCUUGACCAUGCUUCUACGUCUCUCUUCACAACUCUCUUCAGAAAGUGUUUCUGUUUAACCUAAUUCUCUUUCUCCUUGUCACUUGUAACCUAACCUGUAUAAGACUCUUCAUAUUUGGUUGUUCAUAAACAAAAUCUAGCUAAACCAAACGGUCCAAA